AAAUCUAAAUAUCAACCAACUGAAACUUCUAUUGCUGAAGAUAUAAUAGAUGAAAACAUACCAUGUAUGUUUAAAAGACGAAAAACUAUAUAUACUGAUGAAUUAGAUAUAUACUUAAGAAAUCCAACUAAUUAUGAAUAUGAAUUUAAAUAUUUAUCUAAAAUGGCAAAAGAUUAUUUAUCAGCUCAAGCUACAAGUUUUUCUGCAAAAAGAGCAUUUUUAGCUACUAAAGAAUUAAUUACUUCUAGAAGAUGUAAUUUAAAUCCUACAACAAUUAAA